AUGGCUCUAUAUUUGAUUGAUAUUUUUUCAAAAAUUCGUUUUAAAGAAAUUAAAUUAUUUUCAGAACUUUAUCAAAAGAUAUCAAACGCAUUUUCAUACAUAUAUGAACCGAAAAAUAAGAGACUAGCGACGAUUCUACAUUAUCAAGGUUUCAAAUUCGAAAACUUCGAACCUAAAAUGAAAGAAGAAAAAAUUCUGAAUUUAUAUUCAACAGAAUCUCCUUUAUACUAUAUUGCAUGGGAUAAAGUUGAUGAUCUUAAGAGUAAAUUCCCAAAUCUUGACAUUAAUAAGAAAAUUGAUUAUGAAAUCACACCACUUGAUUGUUCAAUUAAAUAUGGCUCAGAAUUGUGUUUCAUUUACUUGAAAAAUUUAGGAGCUAAAUACACUAAAGACUCUGAAGAAUAUGGUGUUCAAGGCGGAAAUAAAGAGAUUUUUAUGCAAAUGAUAGAAGAUGGUAAAUCAUUUGAUAGCAUGAUUAAUAUAGCAUUGGGUUAUAGAAACUAUGAUAUUGCUGAGUACCUUAUAUCAAAUUUUGGACAAACUCCUGAUUCAAUAGCAGAAAGUAUGCAUUUCGGAAAUUAUGAAAUUGCAUCUUAUUUAUUUUCUAAUGGAGAAGAUAUCAACAAAAUUUAUAAUCUCUUUCAUUUCAUAUUUAUCAUAGUUUUAUGA